GGGAAGGGAGCCUCUUAUGUUUACACAUCAAUGCGUGCAAGAGCAGUUGCGAACUGUGUAAUCGUUUAAAUAUUUCGCUUUCGUUUCUUUAUAAAUCUAAAAUUGAAACUUUGCAAAUCGAAAUAUUAAAGAGUGCAAAAGGGUAACGACGUUACCGGGAGAUUCAAGACCGGAGUUUUGCACGCACGCAGAGUGUUGUAGCUAACGUUAGCCAGCUAGCAUUACAUUAGCUUAGCAUAGGUGUCAUGGACGAGCUAGCGGUUGAAGUCAGGGGGACGAGUGGGGCUUUUUACAAGGGAUAUUUGAAGGAUGUUCAUGAAAGUGCUGUCACUGUGUCCUUUGAAAACAAUUGGCAGCCAGAGCGUCAAAUUCCCUUCCAUGAUGUUAGAUUUCCUCCAACAACAGGUUUUCAGAAAGAGAUAAACGAGAGUGAUGAAGUUGAGGUAUGUGCUGUUUAUUCUAGGGCUAAUGAUAAAGAACCAUGUGGGUGGUGGCUGGCAAAGGUCCGGAUGGUGAAGGGAGAGUUUUAUGUCAUAGAGUAUGCAGCUUGUGAUGCCACGCUCAAUGAAAUAGUCACAUUAGAGAGGUUACGGCCUGUCAACCCAAACAAGCCAGCUACAAAAAACUCCUUCCUGAAAAUUCACCUAGACGUCCCGGAGGACUUGCGGCAAAUGUGUUCGAAAGACUCUCAUAAAGAUUUUAAGAAGGCAGUGGGAGCAUUCAAUGUCACUUAUGACUCAGACAAAAGACAGCUUGUUAUUCUGUCUGUGAACGAGGUUACAACCAAAAGGGCGCAGAUGCUGAGCGACAUGCAUUUCCGGAGCCUGCGCACCAAGCUGUCCCUAAUGCAGAGGAACGAGGAGGCUAGCCGCCAACUGGAGAGCUCUCGGCAGCUUGCAUCAAGGUUCCAUGAGCAGUUUGUGGUCCGAGAUGACCUGAUGGGGCUGGCCAUCGGGACCCAUGGUGCCAACAUCCAGCAGGCCAGGAAAGUACCUGGGGUCACCACCAUAGACCUGGAUGAAGAGACCUGCACCUUCCACAUCUAUGGCGAGGACCAAGAGGCAGUCCGCAAGGCUAGGAGUUUCUUGGAAUUUUCUGAAGAUGUCAUCAAAGUACCAAGGAAUUUAGUGGGGAAAGUCAUUGGGAAAAAUGGGAAGUUGAUCCAGGAAGUAGUGGAUAAAUCUGGUGUUGUUCGAGUUCGGAUCGAGGCUGAGAACGACAAGAAGCCACCUCCAGUGGAUGAGGGCAUGGUGCCAUUUGUUUUUGUGGGUACAAAGGAAAGCAUUUCCAAUGCUAAAGUACUGUUGGACUAUCAUCUCAACUAUCUGAAGGAAGUGGACCAGCUGCGCAUGGAGCGGCUGCAGAUAGAUGAGCAGCUGAGGCAGAUUGGGGGAGGAGGCCCCAGGGCCCCGGGGACUGGACGGCCUGACAACAAUAUCUUCAUCGUGGACAACGGUGGCAUGGGCCUGGGCAUGAUGGGCAUGGGCUCCCAGAGAGGAGGGAAGCCGUUCAGCAGGGGAGGAGGAGGCCGUGGCCGACGCGGUGGUCCCUCUUUUGCCUCCGGCACCAACUCUGAGGCUUCCAAUGCGUCUGAGACAGAGUCGGAUCACAAGGACGAGCUGAGUGACUGGUCUCUGGCUCCAACUGAUGAGCUGACCGGGGGCUUCCCCAAAAGACCCGAUACACGCAAGAGAGGAGGAGGAGGGCCUCGCGGACGGGGAGGGAGAGGAAGAGGGGGAGGCUUCAAAGCUGAAGACAUCCAGUGGACUGAGUCACGCUCACGGAAUACCAGAGACCCUAAGCUGAGGCCUCAGGAAGAUUCUUUGCAGAUCCGAGUGGACGGUAACAAUGAGAGGAGUGUGCAUGCUGCAGCCAGAGGUCCCCCGGGCCCCGCAGGCGACGGAACUGGCCCCGGAGCAAACCGACAGAGACCCAUCAAAGAGCGAUCUAUCAAGAAGGAGAAGCAGGAGGGCCCUAGUGGCUUAGCCACUGCCGGGCCCCCGAUGGUGGUGAACGGGGUGUCGUAGACGGGGCCGACGGAAGGCACCCUCGUCUCUCUCACACACGUCUCUCUCACACACACCACGCCAUCAAUCCAGAAGCUUCUUCAUUAGAGACACGUUAGGCCAAAGAGGACAGGUCAGGGCUAAAAUUAAGCACACUUUGGACAAACCAACUCUGGCAGCAUCAGCGGCAGGUGGAUGGGGUGUUGGGCGGGUUACUGUGUACAGGGAAGGAGCCAUCUACGGUUUUAGGUGUUAACGGGAGAAGGCAAACUGAGACUGUAUUUUUCUAAUUGACAUUGUUGACAACUACCUAUCAGACUAUUAAAAGCUGUGGGGAGAAAAUGUUUAAAACAAAAAGAGGGGCCACCAUGAUGAAUCUGUAUUUCUAAAAGGAUAUGGUUUUCUAUCACUUGUUCAUGUACUAGCAUUUUCUCCGGAUAGAGGGUUGGAUUGUUUGGUCCUUCCUGCCCUCUCUCUGUCAUGAUGUGUUUAUGGAGCCCUGUGUCACAAUGGAAUAUAGAACUCAUUACCAUGUGAGGUCAUGGCUGCAUCAUUAGCAAAAAAAAAAAAAGAAUAACCCUCCUCUCUGAUCUGUGCCUUUAUCUCGUGUGGAUAGUAUUACAAAUAGAAGUCAAUCAGGGAAGAAGACGACAUUGGAAAACAGUAAUGGAUUUUACGCAUAUGUAGUGAACACACAGCUCACCUUCCAAAAAAAUUAAACAUUUGUUUUUUUAA